UCUCUCGCUAACUGCAGCUACGAAGAGAGAGAGAGAGAGAGAGAGAGAGAGAGGAGUAGAGAUGUGGAGAUCAAAGGGCAGACAUUUCUUCUUCAGAUUUUCAAUCACAAAGCCUCCCUCAACUAAAACCCAGGUACCAUCUAAAACCCUAACCCUAAUUUCAUCUCAAUCUCCAAAAACUUCAUCACGGGUCUUCCAGACCACCACCCAUUCUCAAAACCCUAGAUUCUUUUCUCACCAACCAGACCCCAUUGAUCAUGCCGCCGAUAAGGAAUCCGAUACUAUCGGUGAUGAUAGUACAAACCCAAGUUCCAUUUCUCGAGAACCAGACGGUCCGUCGGCGGUUUUCGGCCAUCGGUUUGAGGAAGAUGAUGCUCUUGAGAAAGACCCAUUUCCUGUUUCACAAGAAUCAGAUGAUUCUCCGGCAGUCUUUGAUGGCGGUAUUGAGAAUGAUGCUGGUUUUGUAGCGCAAGAAUUGGAUGAUUCUUCAAUGAAUUUCGGAGGCGGUAUUGAGAAAAAUGAUGAUUUUGUUUCGGUAGAAUCGACUACCUCUUCGGUGGUUUUCCAUGACGGUACUGAGAGAAUUGGCAAUGAAGAUGAAAACCCGAGUUUUUUUGUGCAAGAAAAUGUCGAUAGCAGUGAUCAGAUAGGUGGUUUUAUCUCAGAAGAACAAGCUGAAGUAACCGUAGCUGAAGUUCCUGAGAUCAAUAUUGAGCAAGUUGAGAAUAUCUUGUCUGUUCUUCAGAGUAGUUUAGACAGGCCUCUUGAUUCGAAGCUAGAUGAGAUGGGUUUGACUCUAAGUGAGGAAUUUGCAGUAAGAGUAAUUCAAACCCCACAUGUUUUAGGUGAGAAUUUGAUUGGGUUCUUCAGCUGGGUAUGGAAGAACCCUGAUUUUUCAAUGACCUCCCUUGUCAUAGAUUGCCUUGUCCAAGCCAUCAGCGUCGGUUGUAGGAAGAAAGACGUGUAUGCCUUGUGGGAUUUGGUCAAGGAGGUAGGCGAGAAGGAAAAAGGAUUGCUUAGUACUGAGAUUCUCAAUGGUUUGAUUUUGAUGUUUUGGAAGUUGGGUAAGGGCAAGGCUGGUCUAGAGGUUUUCAAUAAGUUUGAUGAGUUUGGGUGUAAGCAUGAUGCAGAUUCUUACUAUUUGACGAUUGAAGCUCUCUGCAGGCGGUUGAUGUUUGACGAUGCCUGGUUUGUUUGUGAGAAGAUGCUCAGUUCAGGAAACUUGCCUGAGAGUGAGAAGAUUGGUAAAAUCAUCGCUGGUUUAUGCAAGGGAAGUAAGGCAAAAGAUGCCCAUUUAAUUUAUUUGAUGGCGAAGGAUUGUAAGAAAUUCCCACCAAAGUCUUCUGUGAAUUUUCUGAUAGGUAAGCUAUGUAGCGAUGAUGGAACUGUCCGUUUAGCUGCAGAAUUGCUGGAAGAUUUCUCUGGUGAGGUGCGCAAAUAUGCAAUCAAGCCUUUCACUUGGGUUAUUCAUGGUCUUUGCAGGAUUCAAGAAGUGAGAGAGGCAAAGAAAUUGCUAUUUAAAAUGAUCGAUUCCGGUCCGCCUCCUGGGAACGCAGUGUUCAAUCGGGUCAUCAGCGGCCUCUCUAAGGCUGGAGAAAUGGAGGAGGCAAUAUCAUUGAUGAAAGUAAUGGAAGGGAGAGGACUGAGACCCGACGUGUAUACUUACAGCGUAAUCAUGAGUGGUUAUGCAAAUGGUGGUCAGAUGGACGAUGCAUGUAGAAUCUUCUCAGAAGCCAAGAAGAUGCAUUCCAAGCUGUGUCCGGUCACUUACCAUAUACUCAUUCGUGGGUAUUGCAAGAUGGAGGAAUUUGACAAGGCUUUGAAGUACCUGGGUGAGAUGAAGGAAGGCGGGGUUAAUCCAAACAGUGAUGAGUAUAACAAGCUGAUUCAGUCCCUUUGCCUCAAGGCUCUGGACUGGCGUACAGCCAACAAGCUACUAGACGAAAUGAAAGAGAAUGGGCUGUAUCUUAAUGGAGUCACUCGCGGUCUUAUAAAGGCAGUCAAGGAUUUGGAAGAGGAGGAAUUGCAGGUGGGAGGAAGUAGCAUCGAAGCAUAGAGCUGUGGUGACUCUUUUGCAUUACACACAAGGUGAGGUUGUUGAAGUUGUAUUUUUGUAGCUAAUGAGAAAAGCAGUUGCGUGGGUAAUCUCUCUAAGCAAAUGUAUUUUAUUUCCUUCUAGCAUAUUUGAGCUUGUUGAAGCUAUUGUCAUUUGUUUUGUUUGCUUUCCAUUAUUUUAAACUUAGGAUGCUGAUCUUGGUGCAGAAUUGCACAAUUCGUAA